AAGUCACAACACACCAUACAAAUGCUGGAGGGGAUGAGUCUGAAAAUUCAGCAUCUGAAGACACAUUUGUGUCUGAGUCCUCCACUCCAGUUGACUGGACGCAGAGAAGCCCCACACAGAUCCCAGUGGAACAGAACCGCACUGAUCAAGCAGAUGAUCAGAUAAACCAUGAUACACGUGGUACAGAGCUCACAACUUCCUCAGGACUGAGUAAGACAGCAUCUAUCAGUGAAACACCAUCAAAUAAAACAGACUGGCUCAUCCUUUUGCUCACCAUCAUUUUGGCAGUUCUUCUCAUUCUGUUUGUCUGUGUUAUUGUAGCAAACAGAAAAAGAUGGUGUGGCAAGAAACAGAAAUUGAUUAUUACAAAAGAGAGCAGCAGAGAAGGAAAUGGUACAGCAGCUUCAUUCACAAAGCAGCAGGAGAAUGUCAAACUCAUGAAUACUGAAUCUGAGAUCUAAUGUAACAGAUCAGUGUGGAUAAGUGAAUGGAGGAAACCCAGAGGAAUGAGAACACCAGCAGUUUUUCACGAACACCUUACAAUAAGGAUGCACUAAUAUGCCUUCAUUCAUGCUGAACUAAUGCACAGAUAGUCUUGAGAUGAUGGAUGAUUUGUAAAGAACUAAGCCACUCAUUACUUACAUCAGCAUCUGAUCAAAUGUUUGAUUAAUAGACCCGGUUUCACUGACUGAUCUUAGACUAAACCAGGAUUAGGCCAUAGUUCAAUUAGGACAUUUAAGUCAUUUUAUUAUUGUGUUCACCACAGUGAGUCAAAGUGUGUACAGUAUUCCAACUUCCAGCUGUCUGGUUUAAAAAAAAAAGAGCAUUAGCUAAGUAUUUGCAAAGAUAUGACUUGUAGAGGCACCUGACUCUUAAGUAAUAUGCUCCCAUGGUAAUGACUUUAAUUUGUCUUUGACAUUUCUAUCAAAGCACAACUACAGAUAUAUUUUUUUUUGUAAUGUAAAAAAACAGUACUAGCCUAACUAAAAUAAGUUUAAUUAGGUCAAACAUUAUUAGACACUAGUAAACAGUCAGUAAUUAAAAUCAAAUAAAAAACGAGCAAUAACACAAAUAAAUUCAACAGAGAAAAUACUUAUAAAAUAAGAAAUUUAAUUUUUAAAAAAGUAAAAUAAAACUGCAUAUUCGUAACUGUAUAUAUUAUAGAUUAAGUCUUGUGAAAGCUACACAAUUCAAGGGCAGUGAGUGAUUAUCUCUAACUGUUUGUUGAACGUUAAUGAAAGACAGCAGUAAGUGAAUUAGGCUGUUGUCCUGUCCUGUCACCCAAUCACAAUGCUCACCAUCACCAGCACCUGUUGUCAAUCAUCUCAUCAUAACAAUACACAGCUCAGAGACCAACUUUGUCUGGCCUUGUGUGAGAAAGAGCUCCUUUUACCUCUUCUCUCACAUGUCUUCUGAGUAUCUUUGUGAGCAGCAUGUUCAUCACUACUUGGCACCACCUAGAUGAGAUGUGCUCCAGUCCUCCAUCACCUUCCAUGAUCUCCAGCAUCACCUGCAACACAGUAGUCUUGCAUAGCCAGACCUCCAGACUGAUGGCUGAAAGUCUGGAAUUCAUGGCAGCUUUCAUUGGUCAAGACCCACCCAUGAUGCCGUUUGACCGACAUGUCAAACAAUAAAUCAAAGUUUGUUUUGCUUAGCAUCACGUUUCAGGACAUGAAAAUGUCACCAUUAUUAACAGACCAUUGUGUAAAACUCUCGGACGUUUUUGAAAGAUUCUGUGCCACGAACUUUAAGUAUUUCACAAACUUUUGAAACUCCAGUGUUUAGUUAAUAAUGAUAAGUGCUCGUUGCCACAGUUGUAAACACUGGCUUUCUUUUUUCAUGAGGGGGUUUGGUGCCAUGGCAUCUUUGUUUCCAGGCUGAAUGUUAAAGAACGCAACACACACGUCUCCUGGAAAUCCUGUAAAAUUCAACCAAUCCAUUGACAACUUUGACACUCCUAAAGUGUUUCCACUUUUGUGUGCCAUAUGCAUCAGACAUUUAGCCAACGGUCCAUGGGCGUGAUGUCUGAGGCUGAGACUAGCAACACAAUAACAAACUAUACUAUCAUCCAGACAUUCAUUCCAACCUGCUGCAUUUCGGUUUACUUCCCGUUGUUUCAUAUUCCGCACCACUGUCCAUAUGCCUUCAAGUCUGGUGAUUUCAUAACAGUGUCACUUUAAAACCUAGUGCACAGAUUCAAUAUAAUGAAAACAUCUGAUUUUUCUAAAAAGAAAAUUGUGAUGUAAUGAUUUAUUAAAUCAGAUUCCUGGAAGUUGAAAUACAUGGCUUUGAAACAUUUUUGUAAUUCAUUCACACUGUUAGUAGCUUACUAGAUGUUGAUAGGGAAUUAAUACACAUGUAGUUACCAAUAAAUCAUAAUGCUUAAUUUAUUAAUCAUUGCCUGGUUCCCCAAAACGUUCUUAUCGCUAAGUAGUUCUUAACCUAUUCCUUAACCUCUCUCUUAACCUUACGGCUUGAUUCCUGACACGUUCGUAUGCUAAGUAUAUCUUCUGUAAGUCAAACUUUAGUAAGGUUGGUCUGGAGCAUUCGUAAGCUCUCUCUUAGCGUUGUUUGAGCUCAAGACUCUAGUCGCUGCCACUGUGCAGCAGUCUUUCGAAACCAGCGCAGCACAGUACAAGUCAAACUAUGGUAUGUUGAUAAUGUUGUGGCUCAACAAUGAUUUUAUCUUAUGGACAUUUUAAGACUAAUCAUAAAAUAUGUUUGCAAUGGAUACAGGCCUAUUUAUGAAGUUGACUUUAUGUGGUAUCAGAACUAAUAUGGUGGUAAUUAGCCUAGGCUAUUUCUUAAUGUCAUUAAAGCAUUUAAAUUGUCAAUAACUUCUGACAAUUAAUUUGGCUCUAAAUGGCUAAGAUCUAUAAAUGUGUAAGCGUGGUGGUGUCCAGUAAGCGACCAACAAUGGCAGCGAUCCAACGUGUCCUUGUAUUGAAUCAAAGAUGGUGCCGGCCAUUGCUGGCAUCUCCAGAGUCUUGGGCCUGGUGGAUGGCACACUCAUCCCUAUCGCCAAUCCAUCAGUGAUUGAUCAGGCGUACAUAUGGCGAAAAGGAGAUGCGGCCAUAAACGUGCUGGUUAUAGUGGAUCAUAGGGGUCUGAUCUAAAUGUUAAAAUAAAUGUUACUGGAAUAAUCUGAGGAAUGUUUCAUUUGCAUAGAACGUGUUGUCUUUCUUAACGCCGCCUUCGCUUGAAGUGGAAAAUCAAUUCCUGAGCAAUCGAUGGCAAAUAAUUCAGCACCUUCACUUGGGACAGCGCCUUUGUAAUGUUGAACGUAAGAGGCAGCGUGUUAAGAAGCUUCCUAAGGGACACUUUGGGGAACACACUUAGGAACAUAAGCAACUUUGGUAAGAUAUAUCUUUCGAGUCUUCUUAGCAUGCUAAGAAUGAGCAUAACGUGUAACCGGGCCCAGAUUAAUUCUUUAUUCAUUGCUGAUUGGCCAACAGGCAAUAAAUGGCUUAGUUUCGCAUGAGUCAUAUGUUAGCUGUGCAUUAGUUCAUUAAUGCAUUAAUGCAUGAAGAAAGCAAACACACAUCUAUGUUGUACUGCAUGCUGUUGCAUCUCUCUGUGUUAGAUUUUUUCUUAAUAUUAAUUUUGUAUUAAAAUAUUAAAUGACUGGUUACUUUUAAUGUUAUACUAGUGCCCUUGCUUGGUAUAUCACCAGUGCUGUUCAGAUAAGUCAACUUGUCAUUGAGCACGAAUCAAGAAAGAUUAUUCAAUAAAGUUGUUACUAUUA